AUGACGAACAAUAUUGACGUCCACUACGCCACCGAGGCUGAGGCGGUCGCCCUUGGUGGUGUUAAUAUAGCCAGUUUUAGAAAUCAACAAAUGUGGCUAAAUGCUUUGCCGGGAAUCGACCCCGAGGUCUGUAUCCCGAUGAAGCAGGCUCGCUGUCUUGAGAAAAUGGCGUCCCCUGAUAUUCAUGUCUUCUCUGCAGUGGAUACCAGUGUCGAUCGGGUAGUGGGGUAUGCCCGGUGGACAAUCCCCUGGGAAGAAAGUAAAGUCGAGUUAUCCGAGGCGGGCAGGGUGAUGGUGGAGAAUGCGAAAAGUUUGAGACCGAAAGAGAUGAGAGAAGAUAUCUGGGAACUGAGCUUCAAGCUGAUGAAAGAGAAAAGGGCAGCCAAUGUCAACAAAGAUGAUAUGAUUUUGGAUAUUCUAGCCAUUUCGCCCGAAUACCAAGGAAAAGGGAUCGGUAGCAAACUACUACAGUGGGGGACUCAACGCGCUGAUGCCCGGAAUGCGCGAAUCUAUCUUGAGGCCACUGUUGAGGGAUACCCGCUCUAUCGCAAGUACGGGUGGCACGAAGACAUUCCUGAGGCCGUAGAAUGUGUCCAAACGGCGUUUGCCGACGAUCCGUAUUUCCACUGGCUAUUCGAUUCUUCAGAAUACAAUAUCCACCGGAACGCCGCCUCCCUCGCCGCCCACUUCGAAUAUGGCUUGAACUGCAAGACCCCGAUGUACGUCGCCAAGGUCCCUAUCAGUGAUAAGCACCCUCGCUCGGUCGUCGGCGUCAGCUGGUGGUUCUCCCCCCAACCGGCCUCCAAGCCCGUGUCCUGGUCCGUCUGGGCCCAGGACUGGCUCCUCUCCUUUCGCCAAUUCCUCUUCAACGUACGCUUCGGCGGACGCGGUGGCCUCAAUCUCCACCGGUAUUACAUGUGGAAGGAGAUGCAGCGGAAAACCCACGACGUAGUCUGGACCGACCCGCGCGGGUAUUACUUCUGUAAUGUCUUGGCUGUGAGCUCGGAAAUGCGCGGGAUGGGGCUGGGCCGGAAGCUGGUGGAGGUUGUCACGCAGCAGGCGGAUCGGGAUGGCAUGCCAUGUUAUUUAGAGAGCUCGAAGGGAGUUCCGAAUAUCAUAAUUUACGAGAAACUGGGUUUUAACUUGGUUACGGAGAUUGAUUGUGUGGAUGGGAAUGAUGCUUGCAAGCUGUAUUGUAUGGUUCGGAAGCCGCAGGUUAAGGCUUAA